AUGAACAACAAUCCGUUCUUCAACCCCAUCGCCACUACGAACAAUAAUCAACAAGAGGAGGCUGUUUUAAAAGAUAUUGCUCUCUUUGAUGUGGUCGGAUGUUUGGAACAACGAUGGAAAGAUCAUAAUUACCACAUUUAUGAUUGUGGUCGUGAGCGAUUAAUCUCGGAAGAUGAUGAUGAAAAAAGAAUUGAAAAAUAUGUGGAAGAACAAUAUUCCAAUGAUUGUGGAUUGGCCAAACAAUGGAUCAAGAAUGAUCUCAAAAAACAAAAGAAACAGCAAAAAGUAAGAGAUACCACUUGUCGUCAUGGUGAGCUAGAUCUGUCGUUGCUUUCAACAUUGGAUGAAAAUGUAAAAUUUGACAUUUUAGAAUUUAUUCCAACCUAUUCCAAGUGGAAAGCCUUCAUCCAAGAAGGAAAACAAGCCAAAUACUUGGACGUAAUCAAAUUUCCACGUAUCAAUGACAACGACAGCAAUCAAGGUACCUUUCAGAAGGAAGUCAUGUCGGCACAUGAAUAUCGUCUCGAUCUUCCAUUCAUCACAUUCCACAAAAUGCGUCUCAUUUGCAAACGAUUCAACACAAGAAUGAUGAGAAGAAUUUUACAAACCACAGAAUUGAUUGUGUGUAAUUUCAGUUUUACAAUCAUAACCUAUUUUGCAACCUUUUUAAGAAUGCAACGACUUUUCAAAGAGAAUAAUGACAAACUUCCAACCGAUAGUAUUUACUUGUAUUCAGAUCAGAUGCUUCUCUCUAUUAAUUUCCAAAAUACGCCAUCACAACCUACCAUCACUCUGGCACUGUCACAACCAUCUCCACCAUUAUAUACAAGCGCAUUUUCCGAUGGUUUUUCUCCAUUUCCUUAUCCUUUACUCCCAAUCAACACAGGAUUGAAUUAUCCAGCUCAUGCCAACUGUAUUAAUGAAAAUGACACUGAUGAGGAAGAGGCCGAAGAAGGUGAUAGCGACAACGAAACUACAUCUUUUUGGAAUGGAAACGUGCCUCCUCCAAAUGCGAUCAAUAUCAAUAACAUCCUAUACGGCAACAGUUUAUAUUCUCUACCAAAUUUUAACAAUGAUAGAACCAAUAAUCUUCCCCAUGAUUCAGAUACAAAUGAAUUGACACCCAAAUUUGAAUUGAAGCCAAGAACUCCCAUGUAUUUCCCUUUUGAUAACCAUGCGUUUGUACCUUUUCAGGAAAAUCGAGUUGGGCAGUUAUAUUAUGCUUUGGAGCCGUUGGUUUGUUCUUCUUUUAUUGGAGAAAACACAACUUUGCAAUCUUUGAUAAUUAUGGCAGCACAACCAGGAAUGAGUGUGACAACAAACUUAUUUCCAUAUUUGAAGGCACUGAAAAACCUCAUGAUUUGGGGCAGUGGUCCACGUUGUGACAUUUCUAGCUCCUAUGUACAGCAAGUGGUGAUGAUUAAUAUGGAUUGUGAUAAUGCAUGUGAAUUGUUUCCAAAUGCAAAAAUUAUUACACAAUAUGUUACUAGUGGUGGAUUAAGUGACACUUCUAAUCAUUCAAUUAUUCAAAAGAAGGAUGCCAGUGAACUAAUAGAUGUACUACAAUCGAUGGAAUCAAGAAUUGUGAUGAAACUAAUGGAUGAAAAUGGUUACCCACAACAGAUCGUAUUAACAAUGGGUGCAUCAGAAUUAUUUUUAUCCAGUGUCAUACGACUUGCUGCGGAAAAGAGCAUUCAACGAACCAAAUCAUUUGUGACCUAUCUAAUUAAGGAUUUGCGAUCUGGCGUUCCCAACUCCCAGAAAUAG